CUUUUCUUCUUCUUCGUUUCUUCAUAAAUCACCUCAGAGAGGAGUCGAAAGCUUAACGAUCAGAUAAACAUGGCGACGGCUUCAGUUGCUUUUAAGUCUAGAGAAGAUCAUAGGAAGCAAAUUGAAUUAGAGGAAGCUCGUAAAGCUGGGCUUGCUCCAGCUGAGGUCGAUGAGGAUGGAAAGGAGAUUAAUCCUCAUAUCCCGCAGUAUAUGUCAUCUGCUCCAUGGUAUCUCAAUUCUGAAAAACCGAGUUUGAAGCAUCAAAGGAAAUGGAAGAGUGAUCCUAAUUACACUAAGUCAUGGUAUGACAGAGGUGCAAAGAUCUUUCAAGCCGAAAAAUACCGGAAGGGAGCAUGUCAAAACUGUGGUGCAAUGACACAUAAUGCAAAAGCUUGUAUGGAUAGGCCUCGUAAGAUUGGGGCAAAAUACACAAACAAGAAUAUUGCACCAGAUGAGAAAAUUGAGAGUUUUGAACUUGACUAUGAUGGCAAGAGGGAUCGAUGGAACGGUUAUGAUCCUUCAACCUACCAUCGUGUGAUAGAUCUUUAUGAAGCAAAAGAGGAUGCACGAAAGAAGUACCUGAAGGAGCAGCAACUGAAGAAACUUGAGGAAAAGAACAAUAACGAAAAAGGUGAUGAUGCAGCCAGUGAUGGGGAUGAAGAAGAAGAUGACUUAAGGGUCGAUGAAGCCAAGGUUGAUGAGAGCAGGCAGAUGGAUUUCGCGAAGGUUGAAAAGCGUGUUCGAACAACUGGUGGUGGUAGCACAGGAACUGUAAGAAAUCUGCGUAUCAGAGAAGACACUGCAAAAUACUUGUUGAACCUUGACGUCAACUCAGCUCAUUAUGACCCUAAAACCCGAUCCAUGCGUGAAGACCCGCUUCCAGAUGCAGAUCCAAAUGACAAAUUUUAUCUGGGAGAUAACCAAUAUAGAAACAGUGGCCAAGCCUUGGAGUUCAAACAGCUAAACAUCCAUUCAUGGGAGGCAUUUGACAAGGGACAGGACAUGCAUAUGCAAGCUGCUCCCUCCCAAGCUGAAUUGCUUUAUAAGAGCUUUCAGGUUGCAAAGGACAAACUAAAAUCUCAGACAAAGGACACAAUCAUGGACAAGUACGGGAAUGCAGCUACAAAAGAUGAAAUUCCAAUGGAGCUGUUGCUUGGGCAAAGUGAAAGACAGGUUGAGUAUGACCGAGCUGGGAGGAUUAUAAAGGGACAGGAGGUGAUAUUGCCAAAGAGUAAAUAUGAAGAAGAUGUUCAUGCUAAUAAUCACACCAGUGUUUGGGGCUCAUACUGGAAAGACCAUCAAUGGGGUUAUAAAUGUUGCCAGCAGACCAUUCGCAAUAGCUACUGCACAGGUUCUGCUGGAAUUGAAGCUGCAGAGGCUGCCCUUGACCUGAUGAAAGCUAAUAUUGCUCGAAAAGAAGCCACUGAAGAGAGUCCAAAAAAGGUUGAAGAGAAGAGAAUGGCCUCAUGGGGAACUGAUAUUCCUGAAGACUUGGAAUUGAACGAGGAGGCACUUGCUAAUGCUCUUAAAAAGGAGGAUCUCAGUAGAAGAGAAGAAAAAGAUGAAAGGAAACGCAAGUACAACGUCAAAUACAACAACGAUGUUACUCCGGAAGAGAUGGAAGCUUACAGGAUGAAGAGAGUUCACCAUGAGGACCCAAUGAAAGAUUUCCUCUAAUAUGUGUUCAUCUAGUAGUGUUGUACGUAUUUUGACAUUGAAGCUUUGUGGAAGUUGUGGCUUCUACUACUACUAGUACUUUAAUGCUUUUCGAGUUUUCGUUACUGUCCUGGUGAAGUCGUCAUGACACCAUUUUCGUCUCAUGUUGACUGAACUUUUAUCUCCUUUGCUUCUGCCUCCAUAUGCAACUUUGAUCA